AUAUAGUAACAUAUAACCUCUACUCUACAAUAUAAUGAUACCUUAUUCUAUCAUCACCUUUAUCAUCAAGAUCACAAGCACAUCACAUAUUCAUUUAAGGCAUAACCUAAUCAGACGACUAGUGCUCAUAGAACGAGCCAGUAUCUUGUCUAACACCCGCUGUUGUAAUAGAAUUGACACUCGUACCUGUAGCUGCGCGUUCUACUGCCAGACAGAUCGUUGUUACCGAUUGUCAAUGGCCUUCAGGGUUGAGUAGUUACUACAGUACGAGCGUGUGCAUCAGCAUACUGCAUUUGUCAAUAAUACGAUACAUUUUCGCGUCUGUCGAGCUGGCUACCUGAAUGCUGCUUUCGUUGCCAUGACGACAGUGGCUACUAUUGUCGUACGGUCGCACACGACUGGUCUAAUUCGGCUACGUCUGCCUUUCUCUUAUCGCCAUCAACCCCUCUGCUGGUGGAGGAAAUGUGUGCCACAUCGCCAGCGGCACCAGUGCCGUUGCCAUGACGGACAACAACAGCAAUAUCCUCAGUCGCGACGGCGCAACAUCCUUCUGCAGCGCUUUCCUUCUUCACUGCAGAAACGUCGAUGGAGGCACAAGGCGAAGAUGGAACCCAAGAAGUGGAUUUGAUGAAAGAUCUGGAUAUGACGGGGCUAACCGUUUCUAAGGAUCGAACAGCAGCAAGAAUUUCCACAGCUGCCACAGAGGUGAUGCAGAAGAGCCCGGGUCUGCUCGUGGCGACUCAAGUCGAGGUAAUGAACGAGUCAGUGCCGGCAAGCCGACGACGGCGGCAACAACAGCAGCUAGAACGGACGCUGUACGGUGCCGCUGAGCAGACAAAACAGGAAAUAAUUGUGGACGACAAGAUGAGACGGUUACGGGUAGUGCCUUUCCGACCACCCUCGUUCCCCUUGCACAGAUACUUCGUCGGUGCAGAGAUCAACCUUAUCUCACCUCUGGCGCUCUCGUAUAUGGAGUUACUGCUCCGAUAUGGAGCUGAUCCAAAUUCCAAGGACCGAACAGGACUGACGCCCUUGAUGAAAGCUUGCAGACACCCUCAAGGUUACGACGCUGUAGAGUUACUUAUAAAAUUUGGAGCAGACGUAAACGCAAUGGCCGGCGAGAGACAUGAUUAUCGAUCAGUGUUGCAUUACGCCGUUUUGUCGUCAAAUAUGGACACCGUAAAGCUUAUUCUGUCGAAGGGUACUCGUGUAAACAUGAGCCCAUCAUACAGAUAUCCCAGCCCACUGGAUUUCGCCGUUCUUAGGGCGAACAUCGAGCUAAUCCGCCUUCUCCUUGAUUGGGGCGCGGAAAUCAACACGGGCUCGCCGAUCGUCGGCUCACCUUUGCACAUCGCGCUAUCGGAACACGCCGAGAAUUCGAAGGAAAUCGUCCAGUUAUUACUGGACCAUGGUGCCGAUCCUAAUUUCAUCACAUACACCGACGACGAUAAGCCUUUCCUGAAGCCACCUAUUGGCGAAUACUUCCUUUCGACGGACAGUUUUCGUGGGCAUGUUCCCAGGGAGGAUAUUAUCCGGAUCCUGCUUAAAUAUGGCGCCAAAAUUGUAAUGACGCUUCAGACGCAGGAUAAUCUCGGCAUCCUGAAGACGAUCCAAAAUGUUCAGGAGUACCCUGAAAUUAUCGAUUUAGUGCUUGAGUGCUGCGACCACAAUUGGAGCCCGAACGUCGUUCGGAGAUCCGCCGUCCUAACGCCGAACGUUCGCGACGCUCUUCUUGAAAAAGCCACUACGCCCCAGACGCUCAAACAGCAAUGCCGGGUUCGGGUACGGCAUCUGCUGAGUAAGAACGCCCACAAAGUGAUCCAGAAAAUUGCACAACUUAAUGAACUGCCCACCUACCUCAAGCAGUAUCUCUUAUACGAGGUUUAGGCUAGCCGGAUCGACGAGAAACACUUGAAUAGAGAUUCAGCUAUUGUUCUCAGGGCAGUGGCCGUCCAAGUGCCGAAGCGUUUGAUGACUAUACGCAAUGUAUCAUAUGUUAUCUCUUGCAAGUAAAUUCCAAACGAUAAACAGCCCUGAAUACAACCGAUACCAUAUGGAUCAUUACAAUUCUGUGCGUUUAAAUAUGCUAUAUAGGAUCGUCUCGCAGGGACGGCUCAAUCCAUCCAUUUUAAUCAACCUGCAUCAGCUCGUCUCUCGUCACCCUAUUCUUUCGAAGCGUACGUACGUAUUCUUACGAAGCGGCGUACACGCGUGGCGUCUUCAAAGAGCGUCCAGUCAAUAGGCGUCAACUUAAUAUGCAUAUAUUUUACAUGUUCUACUAUUGUUAUUCAUUUAUUAUAUACUGUAUUCUUUAUUUGCAACUGCACUGUACAUUUGUAUUGUUGUGCUUUAUACUGUAAUUAUUCUGUACACCCCUGACUGAUAAGGGCUGGGCUUAUCACUUGCCUGCUAUCAUAUUGAAUAAAAACAAAGGAAGACGGCGGUGAUGAUGAUCGCACAGCAACACAUGUUACCAUGGCAAAGCGAUACCAAAAAAGGUAGAUAAAUUUAGAGAACGUUUUAUUACUCGUUGCCGAAUUAAGACGGAAAUAAUGGAAAAAACAUCAAUUCUUAAUACAUAGCCCGAGAACAGGGAUCAUCGUAAUAAAGAAGGUUAGUAGACGAGCAAGUGAUAUCCCUGUUAUCUUCGACUUACCUCUACUUGAGGUAGGACGUUGCUGAUGAUAAACAAAAAAGUGAGAAUAAAUCUAGAGGAACUUUUUUCUAUGAUAUUUUGUAACAGUUAUAUCGGUCCGAUGUGAACCGGCAAGAAACAUAUUGUACUAACUCGCUAAAAAAACAAAAACACAACCAGUCCAAACCACAGGGACGAAGAAGUGCAAAUAGGCCAUGUCCGUCACGAAAACGGACAAAAAAUGAUUUCUUACAGCAGCUUAAUGCGGGUUAGAGCGUGAGAGGUGCAGAUCCGCCUGAGUGUGUUAUGGUACUUGGCCGACAAACAACAAAGUGAAAA